CUUAGCGACAUCAAAAUGUUAUGUCAGCGUCAACUCUUAAAAUAUACUCAAUACUGGCAGCACUGAAUAUUUGAAUUAUAGGCUAAAUCUAAUAACGAGUUGACAACACCGCUCUUUUCAUCGUUGUUCUUAUACCGUUUCGGAGGUUAGAAAAAUGACGCGUAAACGUCGUAACGGAGGACGAGCAAAGCACGGCCGAGGUCAUGUGAAAGCUGUGAGGUGUACCAACUGCGCCCGUUGUGUGCCAAAGGAUAAGGCAAUCAAAAAAUUCGUGAUUAGAAAUAUCGUAGAAGCUGCUGCUGUUAGAGACAUAAACGAAGCCUCCGUUUAUACAUCAUUCCAGCUGCCGAAGCUAUAUGCAAAGUUGCACUAUUGUGUCUCAUGUGCAAUCCACAGCAAAGUGGUGCGUAACAGGUCAAAGAAGGACAGACGUAUCCGUACACCCCCUAAAAGCACCUUCCCAAGAGACAUGGCAAGACCGCAAAAUGUACAGAGGAAGUAAUUUUACAAUAAAAUAAUGUUAAAUUC